AUGGACCAUCGUUAUUAUAUUGAUAAUUGUUUACGUCCUCUUAUCGAUGAAAUUAAACGUCAAAGACCUUCAUGUGGAACCCAUGACAUUAAAAUUCAUCAUGACAAUGGAAAACCACAUGUUCAUAGGAAUGUGUGUACUUAUCUUGAAUCAAAAGGUUUUACAAUUAUGCCACAUCCACCUAAUUCUCUGGACCUAUCUCCUUGCGAUUUUUGGUUAUUUGACUUAAUCAAAGAUAAUCUGUCUGAUCAAAGUGAUUCACAAUCAUUAUAUGACGCGGUGGUCAAUUUCAUGUAUUCUUUGAGUAACGAAGAAUACAAGAAAACCUUUGAAAAAUGGAUGGAAAGAAUGCAAUUAUGUAUAGAUAAUCAAGGUGGUUAUUUCGAACAUUUGAUAAAAUAAACAAUUGAUAAACUCGUCCUUGUAGUUUUUUUUUGUUGUAUCACUAUUACUUCUUGUUCACUAUGAAAUAUAUAGAUAACUAGUUAUUAUAAGAGAUAAGAAAAUCAUGAUGAAAGAACGAGAAAAAAAAGGAAAAACAGCGAAAAAAAACAC